AUGCAUGAAAAACUCGUAUGUUGGCUGUAUAAUAAAAAAGAUAAUGAUGGAAAUGAUGGUCUUGGUUGUAGACUUUGUGAAAAAUAUAGCAAAAUAACAAAUUCAAAUGGAAAAAUCAAUUUGUGGUGCACUGCAGGUUAUCAGAUUAUGAAAUUAUCAAAAAUCAAAGAACAUAAUAACAAUGAAUCAACUCGUUCAUUUGAAAAAUUAUGCUUGUUGAUUGAAACUCUUGGUGUUACAUUAUUACCAGCAGAAUUAGGUGGUAUUUCAUAUAGAAAUGAUACUGCUGCAUUAGAGUUUUUGAGACAUGUGGCUUCUUAUUUACAUGAAGAAAUUAUCGAAAAGGUUCGACAAAGUCCAUCUAUUGCUUGGAUGCUUGAUGAAAGUACUUCACGUAGCGUAGAGAAAAGUGUUAUAGUUUAUGUCAGAUAUUUUGAUGAAGAUGAAGCUAAAACAAGCUUUUAUGGAAUUAUAGGUUUAGAUGGUGAUGGCGUUAAUAAUGGUGUUGUUGCGAAGUUAAGAGAAGAAUAUGAUAUCGAUUUUGUUGAGCUUAAUACUUGCGCAGCACAUUCAUUUGCAUUAGUUGGAAGUCAUGCUGGAAUCGACAAACAAAUUAAAGAUCAAAAAAUAAAAAAACGUGAUUUAAUUUCAAAAUUGGAAAAUACUAUGGGCAAAAUUUAUCAAUAUUUUGGUUCAAAAUUAAAAUUUAAGAGAUUAUUUCACAUACGUUGGUCAUCAACUCGAGAUUCAAUUAAACCCAUUAUGUUUAAUAUUACACCAACAAAUCAAGCUCUAUUCGCAACACUACAAGAGACGAAAUUCGAUAAAAAGUUAAGCAAAACUGAUCGUGAAACUGCAUCCGAUUUAAUGUCUUCAAUAUUGGAUGAUGAAUUUUUAUUUAUGUUGCAUUUUAAUUAUGAUUUACAUGAAUGUGUUUUAGGAGAAUUGACAAAAUUAUUACAAGAUGAUGAUUUACCUUAUUUUACCUUAAUAAUUAUAUUCAAUGAAAAAAAAAUAUUAAAUAAUUGGCCAUCGCAAAAACAAGAAUCAACAUUUACUUUUGGGACCAUCAUUGACUGA